AUGAUGCUCGACAACCAGGUUGAUCACGCGGUGCAAUUUGAUGUCGAUCCUCGCAUGGCAAAUGAAAAGAACAAUUUGUUCACUCAAAGUCAACCAUGUGAUGUAGCUUGUCGAUUUCUGCAUUAUGAGGCAUUUCUGAUCAAAACUUCAGAAAGGAUGGAGGAUUUCAAUCAGCUCGGUGAGGUGUAUUAUGCGAAGCAUUCGGAUCCGGAAAAUGGUAUAUGCCCACCACCGAAUACGGAAAAACACGAAACUGAUGAAACUCAACGAACAGCUUCAUCACAUGGUGCAAUUUGA